UUUUUUUUUUGUCCAAAUGAUGAUGAGCUGCGUUACAAACUGAACUGGUGAGGUGGCUGCAUGUGGCACCGAGCUCCGGUCCUGACUGAACGCAGCCUUUCUGAUGGACACUUCCUCGUGUGGGUUACGAUGUCAGCUGACUUUGUUUCAUUUCAGUGUUUUAUCUUCUGGGUUUUUAUCAACCCUGACUUCACAGUUUCAGCAGUCGCCUCUUUAAACGCGGCCCUUCCUCCGCUGAGAGCCUUGGUUCUUUCGGCAGUUUGAGCAGCAAAUGAGGUUAAUGUUGCAAAUCCUGGUCCAACUGAGAAUCAACAAGUCGUUCAGCUCUUGGUCUCUUCCCUCGGUGGUUUCACAGUGGUUAAGUGUGUGUUCAAUUGACCCAGUGCUGUCAGUUUAAACAAGGCAGCAGCUCAGGUUUUCUUUUUGUUUUUUUUUUAAAGGGAAAAACACUGAAUUACAGCAGUGACUGUUACAGUGAACCUCAGCUGUAAAAACCAAACCAUAAUAAUUAAUAUACAUUCCUAGGCCAAGUAUUUAAGAUGUAUUGUAGUCGUCACUUUAAUGUGAAAGAAAACAUAAAUGUGUUUUUAAGUGCUUUUUGAUUUUGUUUGAACAGAAAUGUCAGUGACGGCCACAUGGUGGGAAAGUGGAUGGUGUUCAUGCCUUACAGCGAUAACAUCGAUGGAGCCCUGGUGAGUUUUGGAUCUGGCCCCUGCUGAUCAGGUGUGGUACUGCAGUCAAAGGCUGAAAGGGUACCUAACUCUUUUCCUGUCUUCUGCAUCUGUUCUCCUCUCCGCUCGUUGGAGCAGCCUGCGGACUUAUGACAUUACUUGGACGGUGGGAAUCUGGUUCUGUCAGAUGACCUGAUCGAUGGCGAACAGGAAGCACAGAAGUGCUUAGUCUUGUCCAAUGGGCACAUGAUAUUGAAUGGUCUUUGUAAUUUUGAGAUCACAGAAAUGCAUGCUUGGCUACAGCAGCAACAUUGAUUCUAACUUAGAUUUUUUUUUUUUAAUUCUAUGGAGAUGCCUGAGUUGCUGCAGCUCUUUGCUUUGAAUCCACUGAAUCUUAGCGCUGUGAUUAAGGCCAUAUCACAUAAAUCUGAUGUGUCCUGAGCAGAAACAGGUCUGUGUGCGCGGACCGGCCCAGUCAGGAAGGUGAAAGACGGCUCAUUUGUCAAGCAGAGGCAGGUGGGAAAUGGCCCAGCAUACGUUUUCAACACGUGAGCCAUAUUUUUAAGCUGCCUCCCAGGAGGUAGUUCAUGUCAAACCAACUCCAACUCUUUUCUCCACGUCGCGCCUCUCACGUCUGAAUAGAGAGAAAUCUUUAAAAGACACGGAGCAGAUGCUGCACUGACUGAAAAAACAUCUUUUUUUUUUUUUGAUAAGGCAGCUUUUAUUCCAUAUGGGUGUGUAGAUGAGAGGAGGACUUUUUAAAAAAAAAUCUCACUCUGCCUGCAGACAGUUGAUAUCUCUGUCGAGCCCCGUCGUCCGCUCUUACACACACAUUGGGAAACUUUCUUUUAAAGUUUUUAUGCCAAUAGGAUGUGAUGAAUCACUGCAGGCACUCGGAGCCGUGUCGACAGGUCAGAAUCAAUCUUGAUGAAUGUGGCGAAUGGGGAAACGUAACAGAACAUUUUCUCGUGUUGAUAUGUUUUUAUAAUGGUUUUGGAACGAAGUGAAAAAACCCACUUAAACAAGUGGAGAACUGCUGGUGUUUUGACUAAUGAUUAUUAAUGAAGUAACUUAUUUUUUAUGGUUGACACAACGUACGGACGACCAUUCACACUCACAUUCACACCUAAGGCCAAUUAAGAGGGGAGAAUGAACCAAAUCCUGUGUUUUUCUUGGCUUAUGGGAGGACAUGUCAUACCAAGACACUGGGGAUCGAACCAUUGAACUGGUGACUUUUUUGUUGUAAGGCAAGAGCACUAACCACUCCCACAGCAUGUGGCCAACGCAAAAUAAUUAAAAGUAAAUUUCUGUUUUUGUUAGACCUGGAAAUGAAAACAUAAUUUUCUCCAAGGUCGGCCAUAUUGGAUUAACAGGAUUUUUUUUUUCUUGUGACGAGGCCAGGGAUGUCCAACCACAGCAUCAGCAGUAUGUCAGCAGCAUGUAGUGUCAUUGUAUCUUGAACUCCUGAGCUGUACCUUGGACUAAUCAGUCUGUGCAGCUUCUCGUUGAUUGGUUCCCGACUGCCUCAGCCUCACUGUUGUUGAUAUUUAAACUUGAGAUUUACCACCAACACCACAACCUCCUCAUUAAACUCAGUUGUCAUAGAAACACCUUUUUUUAUGUGAACGCCGGUUGAGUUUUCAACAUCAAAUAAUUCUUCGGCGACCUGAGAAACUUGACCUUGGCCAAUUAUAUUGAUGGUGAACAGAUUAAAACACAGCUGUGUGUUGACUGGAGGCAGAUGAAGGUUCAGGGGUUGAUCUUCUCACCUCACUGGGGCAGAACGUGGUGGAAGUGCUAACAGUUCAGUGAAUCACUGUUAAACAAAGUUUCAAUAAUGAUAGUGUUAUAAAAUAAUGUGAUAAUUAGGGAGUGUUUUGCUAACCUUUAGCGUCACCUCUGCUAACUUUUUGCAGUAUUUUUUCAAACCCAUUUUACAUUAUUUAAAGCCAUUUUUGGUAUAUUAGUGAUGAGUUUUAACCACGACGAUGACAAAGUAUUUUAUUUUCCUGACAAUCUUUUAAGAAUUCUGAAAAUGUUUAGCAGAUGUCUGCAUUUUUCUUUUUUAAUUCAACUUUCUUUAUGCUCAAUUUCUAUUCUCAGACAGUAAAGGGAAUAGAAGUGUAAACUACUAAUUUUCUUACUGGAAUAUUUUUCACUCACCUGUGUUUAAAUCAAACUUGUUUUAAUGCUGAUUUUAUUUAAUUAAGCUAAGAUGUUUGUUUUUAUUGUUUGCCAAUUUGUUAAGUGUUUAGAUUAAUGUUGUUACAGUCACUUAGACUUUUUCUUACUGUUGCCCAAUGGAAAUGGAAACUUUUUAUAUAUAGGCUCUUUGAACAAGAGAUUUCUUCAGGUUUUGCUCUUUUUAUUGUACAGUAGUAUGUAAAAAAAUAUGUAAAGAUAUUCUUGGAUAUUUCCAGGAUUCUCCUGCCUCAAUGUUUUAGUGAUUUUGACACUUGUUAUAAUGAUGUCAGGAAUUUGGGAACAUAAUGAGUCUUCUCUCUAGACAUCCCUCACCCUGCAGGAUAUCGUUGCCUUAAAAAACAAAUUGGAACAACAACAGAUUCCAUCCGACUGUGAUCUUCACACACCAUCUGUGCAGGAUUGGAGGCUUCUUAAAGUUUGCUCUGAGCAGAGACUGCAGAUUCACCCAGGAUUCUCUGCUCUGUCCUACAUAAAACCGAAGCUUCAGAACAUUAUGCACCUUGUGACAAAUUGUUGAAUCCAGUCGAUACCGCUCUCUCGGGUGAAGCCGUAGCUCUUUUGUUGCUCUCAGGAUUGACAGGUUGCCCCGUUUUUUUCACUUAUAUCGAUCAUAGCAGAAGUCUGGAAACAGAAACAACGAUGAUCAUCUUCCUGGCCAUAUAUGUUCUUUGUCUCUCUGUGUCUUCCUUUGUCAGUUUCACACCUGCAGCCAAAGCAGGAAGAAUGGAACAGAGGAAACGUGCAAAGACUGUCUCUCACAUUGCAUUUUUAUUGCUUUUUUUUUCACCUUUCACAGCACUGGCCUUUUGGCAGAACAAAGCCCAGAAUGCCAAGCAUAAAUUUGGCAAUUCCUUCCUGUUCCUGGAAAAGAAAAAUAUACAAAAAAGAGAAACCAACAGAAAGAAAAGACGAGAAAACACACAGAUUGGAGUUUUCCCCCCAAAGACGAGGGAAAGAAAAGUGAAGCUGCCUCGCCUGACGACAGAACUCAUUUUGUUUACUUUUCUCCUGGACGUUGAUCAACGAGGAUGCAACUAAAGUCGUCUUGCAGCCAGGAUUUUUAAUGACUCAAAGGUUAACUGUUCACAGCAAUCAGAGCAGAUGUUCAGGAGUCGGUGGAGAAGCUUAUUAUUGUCUGUGGAUACAUUGGGAUUCUGUGUGAUUCUAUCUACCUCUUGAAACACCAACCUGCUCUUCUUUUUCCAUCUCCUCGUCCCCGUGAUGACCCUCGUCAUUUUUAAUCAAUUUUUUUUACUUCCCUUUGUCGUUUUUUUUACCUCUCAGACAAUGUACCUUCAUCUCACUCUUAUCUUCUCCUCAUCAGGUGAGAAGAUUCCGUAGCCGCGGAUCCACAGCUGUGCUAAACUUGCUCGAACUGCACUUUGAAUCUCCUGCAUGAAUAUUUAAUUUGCACUUUUUAAAAUCAGUUCUGUGCGAAGGACAAAUCUAUUAACAGGAGUGAUGGAAAUUUUACCAGAAAAUGUUACAUUUCCCACUUGGUGAAUUGAACUUUUAAGAAAAUGUUAAAUGUUUUGAAGAUACCUCCUGAGACGCUCUGCAUCAUGGCCUUGUUUGAAGACCUGACAUCACUCAGACCUUCAGAAUUCAACUGAAUGAAUUGCACUUAGAAUGCAGACAAAGCCAGUGCACAAACCAGAGAUAAAUACAAAAAAGAAAAAAGGACUGUAAAAAAAAAACUAAACAACACUGAUAGAUUGUGGAUUUAGAAGUACUGUGUUCUCAUUAUUUGAAGCAGAGAAGCAAGAAAGACAGUGGAAGGUUGUUCCUAAAGGAUCAUGGUCCUGAAGAAGGCCUAAGAAACUGUGUGUUGACACCGUAGCUUGAGACAUCAGAGAAAUCGACCCAAAAGAAAGAGGGUGAAAGGAUCCCUUGGAAAACCAAAGCCAGACCAGCUCUACUUCUGGGACAAGUACGUUUAAAGUCAAAGAAGGGUUUCUUGAGGAUUUUUGUCUCUUACCAACCAACCCUUUUACUGUGAUGUCCUAGCAAUUUUGGCCAAUGUUGGAGGGCAACACCAUCAACCCUAAAAGCCAUGAAGGAUAGUGACCUUUCAAAGACUAGACCUGGCACAAACAUACUUACCAAAGCUGCUCACACUGGUCACAGAGAGAGGAAUGUGUUCAUUACAACACCCAUAAGAUUACAUCUUCCGAGAGCUUAUCUUGAACCCUGUACUGUUAAGAAUCACAACCUUGGAUCAGCAGCCACUGUGGUACAUCUAGCCUUCGGCAACUCGCAGCUCAAGUACAGAAAAAGUACAUUUACCUGACCUUGAAGUUAUUGUUGUAAAUACAAUUGACAAUGGGAUCUAAUUCCCAUUAGUCUUCAUCUGGAGUGGUGUUUAAACUAGAUUGCUGUUGUUGUUUCCUGUGUGUAGGUUGAAGCACUCUGGGGCAACUCUGAUUUACAUAAAGCUAAAUCACAUGCAGUAAAUGCUGCUGAAAGAGAAGGACUUAAGGACAAAUUUGUUUUUCUAUAUGAUACAGUACACACUGACGGCCGUUGGAUGCUGGUGGUUUCUCGCCCUCCUCUGAGACUGAAUCCCAUCUCAGAUAAAUCAAUAAUGCUUCCAGCCUGCGUCUCCUGCGAAAAAGUGCAAUCACAAAAUGAAUGUUAGCAGUCGUUUGGGGGGGAAAAAAAGCCCUCAAGUAUUUGUAUUAAACAGGUGUGUUUUAUCGGCCUGCAGAGCUUCAGGGACACGUUUUGAAAAGAGUAUCUUUAAUUUAAAGAUAACGUUUGCAGUGUUUUAGCAUUUCACAUAGUAUUCUUGGUUUGGAAACAUGGAGCUUUUAGGUUUUAAUCUUCCCCUGUAGAGGGAGUUAUUGCAUCAUUUGAAUACCUUUUUCAUUGAAUUGUUUUGGGAGUACAACAGCAUUAUUUAUUCCCCUUUCAUAAUAUUAAUUAGUGUCCCAUAACACACAUUUUUUAACCCGUUACUUCUCCUGUGGGUAUUAACAGCUGCUCUGUAUCCUCUAAGUUGCAUUACUGCCACCUACUGGCUUUAUUUUCUAAUGCUAAUGACAUAUGAUAGCAAACCUGCUCAUUAUCUUAACAUUAUUUCCUGUGUCUUUGUGAAACCAAUAUUAAUCUGAAAUAAUUCUAUUACAUGUAAUUUGGGGUAAAAAAAAAAAAAAGCACAGUUAAACUCCAAAUUAUAUUGUUAAGACUUUAGCACAAUCCACUGUAGGUCAGAACAAAAAAAGUUAACUUUUAAGUUGUUGGAGAAAAAACAACUUUUCCAUCUAUUUAAAGAUGUGGCGGCUUGUUAUAGGCUUAGGGGACAAAUUGUGAAAAGAAUAUCCUGAGUUUAAGCCAAUGACAAAUGUUGUCUACUUUGGUUUUUGGCUGUGGGACCUAAUAAUGAUGAGUCCCAUCAAUCUUUAUAACCAGUCCACUACACAAGUCCAGAACAUCCAAGGGCAACAGAAAUAUUGGACUCACAGAGAGAACAUUUAUCUUCAAAGACACGUCUGGAGCUUUGAUUUUUUUUUUUUUAUUCUCCUCUGAUAAGAUUGAGAAUUUGUAUUUAUUUAUUUUAAUUGUAGCCAAUUUAAAGUAAGUUCAAGUUUAUGUUUUUCAUUUGUGAAAGAAAGAAAAAAACUUUAUCUUAUAAAUGACAGAGAUGAGCUUUAUUUCAAUCAGGAAGAGACAAAAAUCUAUUUCCUUGUUAUUUGGGGAUUCGGCUGCCUGUCUGUCUAAAGGUCGUCUCUGAUUGGCUCAGAAUAUUUAAAUACCCACCUUUUCGUAGCUGUCGAUUCGUGAUAGGCCGCAUGAUACAAACUAAACUCCUCCCAGUUCUUAACCCCGCCCCUUUUCACCGGCGUUGAAUCUUGAAAAGGAUGACUGUUGGAACUGACUCUGUUUUGUUCGUCUGUGCGGGAUUCCGGUGAUGUGACUGCCGUAAGUGCUACGUUAAGAGGAAAAAACACUGGAAAUUAAAAGGAACCGACUCUCGCACAUUUAUGCACAGCAGACUCAGGACGUAGGACUAAACCGGAGACCAAAUUCGGGACUUUUCUAACCCAAAACCAGCACCGACAAGGCGCUCAGAAAUGGCGGAGCAGCACGCAGCCAGCGACGGCAAGCACAAAGCACCCAACAACGCCGGGAGCUCGGUGCACAGCAACAACCGACACGGCGGCGCGGCCACCGGAGGACCAACUGCAGGAGGGGGUAAAGGAGGCCUUUCGGGCGGGCUGACUCAGCCGGCAGGUUGGCAGUCGUUACUCUCCUUCAGUAUCCUUUUCCUGGCCUGUCUGGCGGGAUUCAGCUCCAGACUUUUCGCCGUGAUCCGGUUCGAGAGCAUCAUCCACGAGUUUGACCCAUGGUUCAACUAUAGAUCAACACACCAUCUAACCACCAAUGGAUUCUACGAGUUCCUCAACUGGUUUGAUGAAAGAGCCUGGUAUCCCUUGGGUCGCAUCGUUGGCGGCACAGUUUAUCCAGGGUUAAUGGUGACUGCGGGCCUCAUACACUACAUGCUGAACCUGCUGCACAUCACUGUCCACAUUAGAGACGUGUGCGUCUUCCUGGCACCGGUGUUCAGCGGCCUGACGGCGAUCUCCACCUCCCUGCUGACACGGGAGCUGUGGAAUCAGGGCGCGGGGCUGCUGGCGGCCUGCUUCAUCGCCAUCGUCCCCGGAUACAUCUCCCGUUCGGUGGCUGGCUCUUUUGAUAAUGAGGGCAUCGCAAUCUUCGCCCUGCAGUUCACCUACUACCUCUGGGUAAAAUCAGUGAAGACGGGCUCAGUGUUCUGGGCGAUUGGCUGCUGUCUCUCCUACUUUUACAUGGUGUCAGCAUGGGGAGGCUACGUCUUCAUCAUCAACCUGAUCCCGCUGCAUGUCUUUGUGCUGAUGCUCAUGCAACGCUACAGCAGAAGAGUCUACAUCGCGUACAGCACCUUCUACAUCGUGGGUCUCGUGUUGUCCAUGCAGAUCCCUUUCGUCGGCUUCCAACCAAUCAGGACCAGCGAACACAUGGCGGCUGCCGGCGUCUUUGCGCUCCUCCAAGCCUAUGCCUUCCUGCAGUACCUGAAGGACAGACUGACACGGCAGGAGUUCCAGACUCUUUUCUUCCUUGGAGUGUCUGUGGGUGGGGGGGGGGGCCUUCAACGUUUCUCUUCUCUUUGUGUUUUUCCUUCUGUAGGCUACAUCGCUCCGUGGAGCGGCCGCUUCUACUCUCUGUGGGACACGGGAUACGCAAAGAUCCACAUUCCGAUCAUAGCCUCGGUGUCGGAGCAUCAGCCAACUACGUGGGUGUCCUUCUUUUUUGACCUCCACAUCCUGGUCUGCACCUUUCCUGCCGGACUCUGGUUCUGCAUCAAGAACAUCAACGAUGAACGGGUCUUUGUGGCCCUGUACGCCAUUAGCGCUGUGUACUUUGCCGGCGUGAUGGUGCGACUGAUGCUGACCCUGACUCCCGUGGUGUGCAUGCUGUCCGCGGUGGCCUUCUCCAGCGUUUUUGAACAUUACAUGGGAGACGACACCAAGAGGGAGAAGCCCCCCGCUGAAGACAGCAGUGACGAGGACGACAAGAGGAAUUCUGGAAAUCUCUAUGACAAGGCGGGAAAGGUGCGCAAACACGUGUCGGAGCAGGAGAAAGCGGAGGAAGGCUUGGGUCCAAAUAUCAAGUCCAUCGUCACCAUGUUGAUGUUGAUGCUGCUCAUGAUGUUCGCCGUCCACUGCACGUGGGUCACCAGCAACGCCUACUCCAGUCCCAGUGUGGUGCUGGCCUCCUACAACCACGAUGGAACCCGGAACAUCCUGGACGACUUCAGGGAGGCCUACUACUGGUUGAGGCAGAACACUGACGAACACGCACGCGUCAUGUCCUGGUGGGACUACGGCUACCAGAUAGCGGGCAUGGCUAACAGGACCACACUGGUGGACAACAACACGUGGAACAACAGUCACAUAGCACUGGUGGGUAAAGCCAUGUCGUCCAACGAGAGCGCUGCUUACGAAAUCAUGAGGGCGCUGGACGUGGACUACGUGCUGAUCAUCUUUGGCGGAGUCAUCGGUUACUCCGGCGACGAUAUUAACAAGUUCCUGUGGAUGGUGCGGAUAGCGGAGGGAGAACACCCCAGAGACAUCAGGGAGAGCGACUACUUCACGCCACAGGGAGAAUUCAGAGUGGACAAGGCCGGCUCUCCCACUCUGCUCAACUGCCUCAUGUACAAGAUGUCCUACUAUAGAUUUGGAGAAAUGCAGUUGGACUUCAGGACGCCGCCGGGCUUCGACCGCACACGUAACGCCGAGAUCGGAAACAAGGACAUCAAGUUCCAGCACCUGGAGGAGGCGUUCACCUCGGAGCACUGGCUGGUCAGGAUCUACAAGGUCAAGAACCUGGACAACAGAGAGCCGCUGGACCACAAGCUCCGCAGUGUCCUUCCCAGGCAGAAGUACACGUCCAAAAAGACUGCCAAGAGGAAGCGAGGUCACAUCAAGAACAAACUGGUCCUGAGGAAAGGUAAAAAACUGCAAAAAAAAUAGAAGUGACGCUGACGACAAACUGUUCUAGGAAAAAACAAAAAAAAAAAACAAACAUAAAAUCCAUUGGAAGGAAACCUCUAGUCACUGAUGAAGAAGAACACGGGGACACGGUUGUUUAAGUGGCGCUGGGUCUCCGGAGUUUCUCAAUAGGGCGCCCCCGUGUGUUGUGGAAGGUAAAGUUUCAUAUUCGGAGAAGCUCCGUUCUGUCCCGAGGACUGCUGUCUCGCUUUUGUUUGUUUGUUUCCCUCCAAUGCUUCUGUUAUUAAUAUUUUUUUUUUUUUGUACUUGAAUGUGUGGCAAGGUUUGGGGGCUGAUCUACCUGGGUUUGGGCUUCGGAUAAAGGUUGUGGGACUUGUUUAGUUUCGGGGUGGGGGGUGGGAGGGGGUAGACGAGGAACAUUCGCACCAAAGAGCCAUGGACCUUGCUGCGUGGCACAUGUUGAGCUUCACACUGAGAACGAGAGGGAGAACGCUGAGAACUUCGGUUCCUGACACGUGUACAGAGGAGAGUAUGCGGUAUGGAGGAACCACACGGCCUCGUUUGAACCCAUCACCUUCUUACCAACGCCAUCGUCUCUGUAAGCGUCUCCUUCAUCUUUGUUUUUCAACAGGGGGAAAGUAAAUUGGGCUAAUGUGUAAAUAUGUGAUUUAAAGAAAACUGGAUGAUAAUAUAUUGGAUUAUUGUGGUGAUGUUUUGUUUUUUUUGUUUGUUUUUUGUUUUUUUAAUGAAUGACGUUUUCCUUUUUACUACGUGAUUUUUGUUUCCUGAAGGAGUGAAGGCAAUAAGUGGUACACAGGGGCUUUACCUGAUUGAAAGACUGAACAGGAUUUUUUUUCUCACGAGUUGCGAAAAUUGUAAAUUUCAGCUGCUAGGGUUUAAAAAAAAGAGAAAGAAAGAAAAAGAAAUCAACUCUGUAAAAAGUAGUGAUAACAAAUUAGGAGGAGAGCGUUUGUUUUCCACAGUCAGCGAGCUUUAGUGCCUCAUCAUUGGUCGUCGUCAUCAUCAUCUUCAUUCUAGUUUUCUUUUAUCAUCUUACCUUUAGUUGCCCUCCGUCAGCUGCAGUAAAGGUUCAAUUGGAGUUUUUGGAUCAGGCUGAGGCAAAAAAAAAAAAUCUUAGAGAAACCUUGAAAUAACUGAUUGAACUGUGAGAGGUGUGUGAACAGAUGUGUCACAUGUCUGAGCUACACACACAGAAAGAGUUCUUCAAGGUGUAGAGUAGAGCUGAAAAAAUUCAAUUCACCUGUGACCCAUUGACCAAUGAAAUGAGUCGCUGACAUUUUUGUUGCUUGACUUUUUGUUUUAAGUUUGUUUUUUUUAAUAAAUUCAAAAUCUCUGGUUUCAA